AUUUUAAGAGACUCAUAAGUGACCUCGACGAAUUUGCAAAGAAGAAGAAGAAAACUUGUUUUGCGUCACAAAUUUCGUCUAAUUUUUGCGUGAAAAACAGUGAAAAUUCUCUGAAAAUUCUUCCAAAUUCUUAGUGAAGUGGUAGCUGAAGAUACCAUGGAUCUGUUCAGGAAGAUUCUUGGCCUCAAUGCUCCCCAGGAAGACCAAAAUGACAAGGGGAAGAAGAAACCCCUUCGGGAUGACUUCCGGAAGCCCAUUUGGUUUGAGGAGAACGAGACGGACGAUGAGCUGUUUGACAAUGGAAAGUUCUUUGGGCCUCACAUCUUUGCCAAUUCCACGGAACUUGAGAAGCACUUUGAGAGGCAUGUUCAGGAAUUGCUGAAGUCUUUUGAGGAUUUUGAGGCUGCAGAUCCCACCAAGGAGGAUUUUGGGAGGUUUCCGUCGAUUUGGAGUACAUUGGAAUCCAAAGGGAUUGAUAGGGACUUGGACAGUGAGGUUAAUGCUGGGAAAAUGAAAGCAAUUCUCGAUGGAGUGACUUCUAAGGCUCCUGCUCCGAAGACGCCGCAGAAGAAGCGCCUGACUGACGAAGAGACAAUUAUGGCGAGGAUCCAUGGGACUGAGGAGAAGGAGGAGGAAACGAGGAAACCCACCAGGCCAAGGUACGUGCCCAAAAUGACACCAAUGCAUCCCAAUUUUGAAUCUUCAGUGCCCAUUCCCGGAGCCAAAAUCUUUGGGCAGAGCAUCAUGACGGAGACUGUCCGGAAACCCGAUGGGACUGUGGAGUCCAGGAGAGUCGUGAGAGAUCUGGAUGGGAAUGUCAAGACCACAAUCUCAAGGACAGUCGAUGGGGAGACCAAAACCGUGACGACCUUCAAUGGGAAGGAGCAGGAGGGAGAGAAAUUGGCUCGUGACAAGGAAGCAUCUGCCCUGGAUAGCAAUCUGUACGUGUCUCCCAGCGGCUACACUUUGCCCAGGAAUCUCUGGUGACUGCGAGAUUCCGGGUUACUUCCCAGCCUCCUGGCUAGUACAUCAAGUAGAUGACUUUUUGCUUGCCCCAAGAAUGAAUUUUUGAGUGUGAUAGGCUGCUGACAGUAUCAGCGUUGCUGCGUGAUUGAAAUAAAGAGAAUUUCCUUCCCUAGAAAAA